GGGAGAGGCAGAGGACAAAAGCUUUUUUGACACAUUGUACCGCGCUUGUGGAUACCCGUUGUACCGCAGCGCUUUGUUUUCGUCACCCAUUUCAUGUUGGCUGCCAACAACCAAAAUUCUGACGUCUUCAGGUAGCUUUCAGCAUUACAGAGCAAGACCACUUGUGCUACAUCAUCAUGGCAUCCUUCGAUAAACCACCACAAACGACAGCGUCGGCCGUGGGCCUGCUGCGCACGCUCGCCCGCGACGAGCAGAAGAAGCUCGCCCAGCUCCGAGCGGCGGGCGGCGCCGCAGACGACAUAGCCGCCGCAGAAACGCGCGUGCGCGACCUGACGGCCAAGCUCAGCGCGGCGGCGUCGGUCGGCGGCGGCGCGGCGGCGCGCGCCAGGCAGGUCGGGGGCGACGGCACCGAGGUGCACGUCGGCGCCGCGAUGACUGACGCGGAGCUGGCGGCCGCGCGGCGCGCGCGGCCGGACGAGGCGCCAACCGGCGCGUGCGCGGCCUGCGGGGCUCAGACUGCGCGCUCGGCCCGGACGGGCCGCAUCUCGUCGUUCUUCUGCUCCGCUGCGUGCCAGAAGCGCGGCUGGCGCGCGCACCUCGAGCGCGCGCGGGCGGCGGACGCGGCGGAACGCGCGCGCCGGCGCCGCGACGUCAAGGACGCCGCGGCCGCGGCGCGCGAGGCCGAGGCAACGCGGCGGCGGGUGGAAAAAGACACCGCGUACGACAUGGACUGCCUCGGCGUGAUCCGCGGCGGAUGCGCCGCGACGGACUGCCCCGCGUACGUGCAGAAGCGGGGCGCGCCGCGGUCCGUCAGACCGCGCGCGCGCGCGGACGGGAGCAUCGAGGACGGCGUCUGGGCGUGGAACCGCGUCGACCACCUCGUGUGCGCGCGGUGCGGCGCCCCGGCGGGCGCGCACGCGGACGUCACGCAGGAGGUCGAGGCGCGGCACCGGGGACGCGUGGCGUCGAAGCCCGCGGCCUGGCCGCGGAGAAGCCUCGGCGCCGCCGCGGAUGCGCCGGUCGGGCGCGCCGGUCGCGCGGUCCAGCGGGGCGCCGCCGCGUCGGACUCUUCUGGCUCGGAGUCGGACUCCGACGCGACGGUCGAGCUGGCGGGGUAG